CCUCCUGUUCACCACCAAAAUCCGACGCGGGCACAAGCUGGCCAGGGCUUCCGGGCUUCUCCUCUUCCUGCGGUGCUCCUCUAGGUGGGGUAGGCGAGUUUUCCAGCGAGCGGAGCCCGCUCCGUCGCCCGCGGCUUGGCGAAACUUCCUAGCAGAGAGCAAGCGGGGAAGGAGAAGUUGUUGGGAAGCCCCUCCGAGCCUGCAGAGCCCAGGGCUUUGGUGCGUUUUGGGCUCCCUGGGUUGGAGCUGGGGACAUUCAUGACAAGCUCUGUGAGAAGAGGAGACGCGCGCUGGCUGUGCCCGAGCCUCGGCACCUGUGAGAGCCUGACCAAGUGGUUAUCCCGUGCUCCGUACCUGCCAGAGGACCACUUCUCGGGGUUUCGGUGGUGGUGAACUCAUCUGCACAAGCAUCAAACACUGAAUUUACAUAGGCACAAAGAGAGUGUGGAAGGCCAACAGCUCGCACCGUCAUUAAGAUGGGAAUGCAAGAAGAACAAAGCAGCACAAUGGUGAAGUAUCAAGAGAGCAUGGCUCAUCUAGGUGAAUGUAAAUGGACUCACGUGUUCCCUUUUCUGGUGGUCUCCCUGGUGUACUCUGCCAGUGCUGAAUACUCCAACUGCGGUGAGAACGAAUACUACAACCAGACCACUGGCAUGUGCCACGACUGCCCCAAGUGCGAGCCGGGCGAAGAGCCUUACAUGACAUGUGGAUAUGGCACCAAAGAUGAGGACUACGGCUGCAUCCCCUGCCCUUCAGAGAAGUUCUCCAGAGGAGGUUACCAGAUAUGCAGGCGGCACAAAGACUGUGAGGGUUUUUUCCGAGCCACAGUCUUGACACCUGGUGAUCAGGAGAAUGAUGCUGAGUGCGGUCCUUGUCUCCCAGGUUACUACAUGCUGGAAAACAGACCUCGCAACAUAUACGGGAUGGUUUGCUACUCGUGCUUGCUGGCGCCUCCUAAUACCAAGGAAUGUGCAGGGGCUACCUCUGGCAUUUCAGCCAUCUUCCCGAGUACCUCUGGCACAAGCACCUUCUCACCUUACCAGCACGCUCACAAAGGAGAUCUUUCAGGACAAGGACAUCUGGCUACAGCUCUUAUAAUUGCAAUGUCUACCAUCUUCAUAAUGGCUAUUGCCAUUGUCCUCAUCAUCAUGUUUUAUAUUGUGAAAACAAAACCUUCUGCUCAAGCCUGUUGCAAGAGCCAUUCAGUAAAAAAUGUCGAAGCUCAGGCUAACACACAAGAAGAGAAGAAAGAAGUGCAAGAUAAUGUUGUGAUAUUCUCUGAGAAAGAAGAGUUUGAGAAACUUACAGCAACUCCAGCUAAGGCUGUUAAAAGUGAAAAUGAUGCAUCUUCUGAGAAUGAACGCCUUUUAAGCCGUAGUAUGGAUAGUGAUGAAGAAGCUGCAGUUGACAAGCAAGGGACUCCAGAGAGAUGCUUGUUAUCUUUAGUGCAUUUGGCCAGAGAUAAGUCUUCUACAAGCAAUAAGUCAACUGGGAUUCAAAGUCGAAGGAAAAAGAUACUUGACGUGUACGCUAAUGUAUGCGACGUUGCAGAAGGUCUGAGCCCAACAGAAUUGCCAUUUGAUUGCCUGGAGAAGACCAGCCGAAUGCUCAGCUCAACCUACAACACAGAAAAAGCCAUAGUGAAAACAUGGCGCCACCUUGCCGAGAGUUUUGGACUGAAAAGAGAUGAGAUCGGUGGUAUGACAGACGGCAUGCAGCUCUUUGAUCGCAUCAGCACAGCAGGUUACAGCAUCCCAGAACUGCUAACCAAACUGGUGCAAAUAGAGCGGUUGGAUGCUGUUGAAUCCUUGUGUGCAGAUAUUCUGGAGUGGGCACAAGCAAUGCCUGCUCCUGAGCCAGCGGGGACGUCCUGACAUGCCUUCCUGGGAGCAGCGCUUCCACAUCACCCUCAAGAACCAUGAUUCCGCUGAGCACCGCAUAAAAAACUUUGGACAAGAGACCAUUGAUGUUUAUUCUACAUAAUCGUUCACGAUAACCAGUGGGAAGUGUUUCUCUUUGGCUUCUAAAAGAAGUGAAGUUACACACCUACCAAAACAAAAGCAGAAAUCUCCCAAGAAGCUUGGUAUGAAACAUGUCAAUAAACAAAAUGAUCGUGUUAAACAGUUACUGAUAAGCGGACACACAAACAUCCAUUUUGAAGUCUGUGUAUAAGUGCAGAUAACCCUGCCGAUACCCUUCCUGCCUGGCCUUCAAGAGAGGCAUUGGAUUGCUCUCUGAACAUAUUCCAGUCUCUUAGGACUUUAUUCAACAGUUUAAUAGUUACAGUCAAAAGCAGUACCACAGCUAACGUAAUUCAUACACAUAAGGCACGUACAUUUCUAUCGGCUCUAACACAUUCAAUACGUAACCGGUUUAGUUUUCUACACUUACUAUGGGUUUGUUGAACCUAGAAGUAUGUGCAUAGGUGCAUACACAGAGUCCUCAGAUUAAUUUGCUAUAUGAAAAAAGAGUCUGACAUAAUUUACAGAUUGAAGUGCUUCAAAAUGCUGUACAUAAUGCACAUAAAUGCAUACUUGGUCCAUACUGACAUUUCAGGAACUGUAAAUUCAAUUUGCUGACUUGCUGAGGACAAGCUGGUUACUGAGCAGUAAAAGCUGGCAAUCACUCCUUGUAAGCUGAGAGCAGCAAGCUCUCUUCUUCCUUGCCACGACAAAAACAGAA